UGUACUCUUCGUUCACAGUAUCGUGGAUCGGUGAAUAUCGUGUAUAAUAGUAUAGAGAUUAGGGAUGUCAAGGUUUACAGAAUAGAAAUUAAAAUCGGAAAAUAGAAUUCUAUUCUAUAAACCUUGUAGGGAAUAGUAAUGUCCCGGCAUGCAUAGUAUCCAUAUUAUCUACGAUGGGAUUGCGAUAUAGAUAAAUUUAUCUACACCGUAGAUGGGAAAUACAGUUUAAGAUAUACUUAAAUCUUAAAUCGUGGUGAAAACGUGCUGCGAUAUACAGGCAUCAUAUUAAAAUAUUGCAUUUUUGUUUUUUAUCAUUUUCUAAUCGUUACCAACCUCGGUAGCACGUUCUGUACGAUACGGUUAUCUCUUAUCUGUGUUAAAUUUCCAUCAUUCGUUGUUCCAAAAUAAAAAAUAAUAAUAAUUUAUAAUUCAGCAUUGUAGUUUAAUUGUACAGCAACACAAAUAAAUUUAAAAAAAAAAAAAUACAAUUAUUAGGGAGCUAUAUAAUUUACUAUUACAUUAUUACUAUUAUUGUAAUUAACUAUUCACUAUUAUACUAUUACAAUUAUUAAUAUUCAAUUUUAUUUUUCUUGUGUAGUUUGCCUAUAAUAUUACUCGGCUCAUUUUUUAUACUUUUGGUUUGUAUAAUUUUUUUGUAUGUUUAUCGUUUUAUCAUGAAAAAUGUUACAUAAUAUGUUUCACAGAUUAAUCGUAAUAAUAUUAUUAUGGAAAAGUUGCGAAAAGUGUUGAGUGGUCAAGAUAAUCGAGACAAUGAUAGUUCCACAGGAAUUUUACCUGUAAGUUCUUUACAUAUUAUUUUCCAACAAUUAGUUAUUAUUUAUUAUUACGGUGUACUAUUUUUUCAAUAAUAUAAAUAUGACUGGUUUUUUAUGAUUCAAAAUUGUUUAAUUGUUGUUUGUGAUUAAAUUAUAUUUCUGAUUUUCUUGUAAUGCAAUAUAAAUAAACAGUUGUUCUGUUUGGCUUGUAUUUUGCCAAAAUUUAAACACAAUUUAUUGUUUUUAAGAUUUAACACAAUUAUAAUAUAUAUAUAUAUAUAUACAUUAUAUGCAAAUAAUUUAUCAUUACAAGUGGAAUUAUACAGGGCUGUACUCAGAUCGGUUUUCUUGGGUUGUGUGUCCUGGCCCUGACCCUAAGCUAAUUUUUAAGGGACUUGGGCCUACAAACAAAUUUUCCAUUUAAUAUUAUACCAGUGACCCUACAAAAUAAAAGGGCCUGGAAAAUUUAGUUUUUGGCCGGAACCUGAGGAUGGCCCUGGUAUUAAAACUAGGUAGGUACUCUAUUGCUUAACACAUGCAAUGAACUAAUAUGUAGGGUAAAGACACCAGUGUAUUCCAGUUUAAGAAAUAUUAAACAUUUUAAAAUUCUAAACAUAAUAUAUAAUAUUAUAUUUGAUCUUAAUUAAAAGGUUACUUUUUGUUUUAUAUUUUACUUUCUAUUGUAUGUGAUAUUUUUUAGACAUAAUAAUAUACUGACCUAAUAAAUUAUAAAACACAUUAUAUGUUGAAUUACUUAAAUACUUUUUUUUUUAAAAAAAAAACGCCAAUAGUUCAUAAUUAUGUGUUUAAUAAUAUUAAUAAAAAUAAUAAUAAUUAAAUUUAAGUACAUACUUAUGUAAUGAAAAUAAAGCUAUUUGUAAAAUGUUAUUGAAUACAUUGUAAUACAAAAUAGGUAAAACAAAAAAACUUAAAUAAAAAAAAAAACCCCAUUAGCAAAAUUUUUUACAAUUUGGUUCAAAGAUUCAUUCUAUCAUUUUUUACUUUACUUUUUUUAAGGUUUAAUAUUGAGUUAUAAAUAUUAGGUAAUCAUACAUUUAAUAUAUUAAACUUUAUAAACACUUUUAGUUAAGUCUAACACUAGGUAUUUAGUUUUAUUUAAUAACAACAUUUUUGUCAUUUUAUCUAAAAUGUUUAAUUGUAUAUGUUUGCAGAAUGUUAAUCAAAUGUCAUCGUUAGAAUGGUCUACUCGAAUAAAAGGAUUUAUUGCUUGUUUUGUUAUUGGAAUAUUUUUUUCAUUAAUGGGUGCAACUGCAUUAAUCUUACCUUUACCAAGAAGAAUGGCUGUAUUUGGUAUUUUUUAUACUCUUGGAAAUAUUACAUCACUUCUUAGGUAAUUAAAAACUAACAUUUUUAUUUAAAUGAAAAGUACAUUUUUUUUUAUAAUGAACUGCAGUGACUGAUCUAGAUUUUAAUAUUUUGGAAGAAGGGUAGGAGAACCAUUUACAACAAUGGAAAUUGGUAUAUAUUUUGUCACAAUGCAAGACAAAAGCGCACUAUACUACAGGGGUUUGGGUGGGAAGGGGGCUAUUAUCUUAAUCGGAUCAACCAUUGAUGGAUUGACCUGGAUCAUGCAUAGAUUUUAAGCCAUUUAAAAGGUUCUGUGCAAAAACUAGACAACUUCACUUUAACAAAUUUUUCAGGAAAUAUUUUAAAAAUUGAGUUAAAACCAAUGUUGAAAAUCAUUGAUUCAAUUUUUAUAAUUUGUACAAAAUUGGAGUUUAAAAUAACCUAAAAUGUUUGGUUAAUCUAUGGAUAAAACGUAUCAUUCUUCAAACCUAAGAAGAAAACAAAUUAGGAUUUAAGGGUAUUAAAAUAAAAUAUUAAUUUUCAAAUUUAUCAGGCACUUACAUCAUGACUUUUUACAAAUAUGAGUUUUAAGAAGAUUAAUAAUUAUUACUACUUUUAGACAUAAUGAAUUCCAAAAUACAAUAAUCUUUCACUUUUUUUUUAACUUUAUAUAGUAGAAACUGUUUAUAAUGACAUUUUAGAUAUUAGUUAAAAUUAGGCAUAAUAACUGAUUGUCAUUAUAACCAAAAUGAUAAAAUAAAAUUUAAAAACUUGAUUAUAUAUAAGUAUAUAUAUUUAUGUGAAAGUAAUAUUACAGCCAACGUGUCAUAUUUUUAUCACUAAAUCACACAAUUAUUAUAAAUAAUAGAUUUUUCCAAUAUAACCAAAAUAAUUCAUAACAUCUGUAUAGUCAUUAACAGAUAUCAUAAUAAUUAAUACAAAUUAGUACAUACAAUCUAAGGUCAUUACAACUGGUGUCUACUGUAUUAGUAAAAACUAAUUUGGUUUUUUCAUAUUAAAUAAUAUAUUAACUAAUGUUGAUUCAAUAAAAAUUUUAAUACAAAGUUUAUACUCAUUAUAAUAUACAAUAAAUUAUUAUACUUACUCUAAACUUAAUAUAAUUAAGAUCUAAUUAGGUAUUUAUUGAUAUAUAGAAUAGAAUAGAACAUUAAUUGACAUGUCUGAAUAUGUUUAUUUUACACAAGUAAAAUAUAAUUAUUUUUAUAUUAUAACAAUAUUUUGGAACCUCGAUAAGUUUAAAUAAAUGCUGUUUCCUUAAGAAAACUUCGAUUACUCAAAAGAAAAGCCAUAGAUAACUCUAACAUUCUGUGUUCCAAAUAUAGAAGUAUAAUGGCGGAUAACCUAAAAAAAAUAAUAAUAAUAUCAAAAUAAUUAUUCUAAAAAACUUAUAAUAUUUUUAACAUCAAUAUAUUAUAUAAGUUAGUUAAUUAGGAAUGUAUUAAUACAUGUAAGUCUUAUUAAAGUUAUAAACUAAAUAGUUGUAUACAAUAAUUAACAGAAAAAAAUUGAUUGCACCCUGUAAAACUUUAACAUUUUUAACAUCUAAAUAAAUCAGUUCAUUAACUAUUAUUAUAAUGCACAACAUGUAAGUCUUAUUAAAGUUAUAAAUUUAAUAACAGAAUAAAAUUGAUUUUAAUCUGUAAAACCCAAGUCUUACAUUUUCAUAUUUAAUGAAAGUUUACUAUUAAAUAAUAGUAUUAUAAUAUAAUUUUCUUAAUAUCCAUACUCAUCAUUUAUCACAUCUUCUUCAUUACUUAAAGUUUCUUUAACUACAGUUCUGUAAUACAGUAUAUAUUGAGGUGGAUCAUAUUUUGAAGACAAGUUUUGAAUAUCUAGUAGACUUUUUUUUAACAAUUUAUUAUGUAAAUAUGGUAUAUUUUCUGGUAAUUUAACCAUAUUAUGUUUUUUUAAAAUUAUUAUUUAUUGUUUUGUUGAGUAGAUAUUUAGUACAGUGUUGUCAACAAUUUCCGUGCAAGAACUAAAUAACUUCGAAGUUAUCUCGUUUUUACACAGCAUUUUUGGAAGACAAGUCCAAAUACGUUUUGAAACAGCUAGUUAGAAUUGUCUCGUUCUUCUACAGAAUAAUGCAUCAUUUUUUCUCUUUAUCAAAAACCUUCAUGGGAUAUUUUUGACAAAAGUUGUUUUUAUGCAGAAUCUUUCAAUUUCAUGUUCUGUUUUUUUAAUCAUUGAAUUAAUUCUAUAAUGUUUUCAUUUAUUUAAUACCGAGUCAUUUACUGAAUUGGUGAAAAGUAGCGAAUGUAUACAUACAUUAAAUAAGUUAUUUAUAUAAAGUUCCUAUAGUAUAGUAGGAGAUAAGAAUUAUAAAAAUUAUUUUUUUUUUCAUUUAAAAAGCAGCAAUAAACCCUUGUAGUUUGUAAUUGUUAAUAUGAAGCAAAAUAACUCAGUAAAUUUGAAUAUUUAUUUUGCAGUACUUGUUUUUUAAUGGGUCCUUUAAAACAAAUUAAAAAAAUGUUUUCUUCUUCAAGAAUAAUUGCAACCAUAGUUGCUCUUGCAAUGAUUGUCCUAACAUUAGUUGCUGCAAUUGGUGUAAGUAGUAAUAUAUUAAAAUAUCUUCUAUCAUAAUAUCAUAAUAUACAGUCCAUCAUUAUUGUAGUUAAAUAAUUUCAGAUGAAAAAUGCGCCAUUGACAUUUCUUUGCAUAAUAUUUCAAUUUCUGGCUUUAACAUGGUAUUCUUUGUCAUACAUACCUUACGCCAGAGACGCCAUUAAAAGCUCUAUGUCUACUAUCAUAGCAUAAUUUUUUUGUUUAGAUGGUAACUAUUAUAAACAAAUUAUUUCUAACUGUAAGUUCUAUUAUAGAGUAUGAUAGUAAACAAUGGUAUCAUUUAGUAAAUUUGGUUUUAAUCUAAAAUUGUAUGUCAAUUUGUUUGAUUAUUGAUUACUAUAUAAUGUAUAAAAUAAAUUUAUUGAUAUAUUGUGCUGUUGUUUAAUAUUUGUACAGAUUGCCUCUUAAAGAAAGGUAAUAUUAUUCACUUUAGUUUAAUACAAACCAUUUUCUUUGUAAAAUUUAAAAAAUUCUAUAGAGUUUACUCAUAUUGACUAUGUAGAGUAUCUUUUGCAGCUUUAAUUUAAUGGGCAAUUUGUGAGAUUUAUAAAACAGUAUGAGGCAUUAAAUUUCAAACAAAAUUAAAAUAUACUUUUAAUAUUAGAAAUAUUUGUUGUACAGGCUAAAAUGAACAUGUACAACAGUAAUAGUAAUACUACUAUAUGUAUUUUUUUAAAUUAUGUAUGCAUUUAUUACAAAAGUUGUACUCUUAAUAACUUAACAGACUAAAAUUUUAAUAUAUAUUUAUCUAAUUAAAAAUAUUGAUAGUUUUAGUUAUUUAAUAAUAACUGUUAAGAUAAAAUUAUAUUGCCUUCCUAUUAAAUCUGAUUUUGUUAUUGUUUAAGUGAAUAGAUCUAUUUUUUAUAGCCAAUUUAUUGUAUUUUAUUUUGAUUACAUGUAUGCAUAUUGUAUAAUACAUUAACAUGUCAAUUAUUAUAUUACUCUAUGUCAAUUAUUAUUAUACUGUCAAUUUUAUUUAAUAAUGUUAUUAAGUUAAGUUAAACUGUUGACAAUUUAUUUUCCAUGUUUUUGUUUUUAUUUAUUUAUAAAAUUAAUAUAAAGUAAAAUAUUGUAUUAUUUUAUAGUUAUUUAUAUAUAUGGUUGAUUUUUAAUUUUCACAAUUACCAAUGUUAUAUUCAUUUUUUAAAUAAGACUAUAUUUUAAAAAUAAAAGUACCUACC